ACUGAUACUUUGUUGGCAGCUACAUUAUAACGGUGAAACGGAGCGCUGUUAUUUUUAAAUGUUCACUUAAUUAAAAUAGCCCGAAAACAUUAGCUAUGUGGAUGAUGCAAGAAAACAGCAAUUAUUUGUGCCAUCAAUUGAAGCUAAAAUGCUGCACACGGAAUCGUUGCCCAGUCAUCAAGGUAUCUACACGCCGCUAAGUCAGGCAAUGACCGACUCCGAAUCCGAUGAAGAGAUUGAAAUACACAACGCCAACAAGCAUCGACAGGGACAGCAGCAGCAGCCGCAGCAGCAGCAAAUACAUCAUCAACAACGCAAUCGCAGCCGCAUACCACCCAAUACAUUAGCAUUAAAAUCGCCGCACACACGCCCCACAGCAACACGCAUUGUAGGCUGCUCGCAGCCAAAGCAACAACAGCAGCCACAGCAGCUACCGGAGCAGCAACAGCCGCCCAACAGAAAGGCAAGCAGCUACACGACGAACAUGCAGAACACAUUCCGUUCGGUGAUGCUCAGCGAUUUGGGCAGCACCGGUGCCGGCAAUGUUGGCGUUGAGUUCUCCAACUUCAAUGGGGAAUAUGAUGUGAGCGCCGAUAAUGUGGCCAUUUUGGGCAAUCAAACGGACGAGGCAAAGCGUCCGCCCAUGUCGACUAGGAGACGCAUCUGUUUUAUUGCCUCGCUGCUGCUGUGCCUUUUCGCCGUCGUUGGGUUUGUUUGGAUUAUACCGUGCGGCAAUGCGGAUGGCACUGGCGCCUGUCCAGCGCCCGUGGAUCGCCAAAAGACGCACAACUGGCUCAAUAACUAUACCAAAAUCGAGCUGAGAGGCGGCGUUAAUGUUGUCGCCGGCCUGCGUGCCUGGGAAAAUAAUCUAAUAUUUCUGUAUCGUGGCGAUGUCUUCUUUCCGGAGUUUCGUCCCAGCAAUCACAAACGCAAUGGCAUCAUAUCGCUCAUUGGCAGCUCCGGCGCUGUUGCCUGGUACGAUGAGACGGUUGACGAGCCGGUGGCCAUAGACUGCACCCUGCUGGAUGUGGACAGCAACGGGAAACCGGAUUGCCUGGUCAUCGAUGAGUACGGUGAACUGGGCGCCAUCAAUGCGGCCAGCGGCGAGUGGCACUGGCGCUUUAAGGAUCAUGCUGCCCACAAGUUGGACGCCUAUGACUUUCCGCUCAUCUUGCCAGACAUUGAUGGCGACGGCGUGCUGGACAUAUUGCUUAUAUCUAGCCUCUCGCUGGAGCAGCGCACCAAGACGUUCGUGCAGCGCCAACAGCAGCCGGGCUCACCGGCUGCAGCACAGCUGGAGGCACGCAAUGUGCUGCGGCUGCUGUCGGGACGCCGCGGGCGGCCCAUUGGCGAGGGCUUUCGUGUGCACGAUUGCCAGAAAUUGUCCAGACUGCAACUGGACACAGCUGCCGCUGCUGGUGGCAGUUCGGGCGUCGGGUCUGGCACCGCCUCGGCAGCCAUGCUCAACAUUAGCUACAACUGCUGGCGCAACAAUACGGAGCUGCAGCGCUCCAAGACGCUGGCCGAGCUCUAUGCGUUGAUAACGAACAAGUCGCUUGUUGGGCGACGUCUGCUGCCCGCAUCGAAGAUCGCGCAGCAUCGCCGCUAUGCCCAGCGCAAGGAGAUGGAUGCACAGCGAAAUGUUUAUGUGCUCAGCGGACGCGAGCUGCUUGUGGAGAAUCGCGGCAAGUGUCCCGAUUGCAAUGUAACGCUAAAGUUGAGCGAAACGCGCGACGGUAGGCACAACAUGCUGCACAAUUUCACGAAUAGCGGCAUGUACGGCAUGGUGCCGGCCCAGUGGCACUUCAAGAAUACCAAAUCCAAGAUGUCCGGCUUUGUGAUAAAGUUCUGGAAGUGGCAUAGUCCCUCGAAUCAGCCGCAAACGCAGUCGAACAGCGGCAACAACAGCGUGGACAAGAGCCACAACUAUACAAACAGCAGCAGCAGCAGCAGCAGCAUCAGCUCCAAGAAUAUAAAUGCCAUCCGGGAGAAGGACAAGAGCAAGGACAAGUCAUAUUCAAAGUCUCAGCAGCAGCAGCAUAAGAAGCAGCAACAACGCCUGAAACGCGACUCGCUGGAUCAUGAGUUUCCCGCGGACCAAGUGGAGUUCGAUGCCUUUGAGCAUUUGUUGCCGCUGCAGAAGCGCGAGGCCUUCACCAUGCCCGCCAAGAAUCAGAGCAAAGCCAACGCCAGUCAGUCGCAGCUCAUGAAGAACUACAAAAUGCAAAUGAUCACCGAGACGGUUAUUUUGGUGCUCUUCAUUGGCGCCGAUACGCGCAUCGAGAACACCUCGCAGAGCAAUAUCAUCCAGUUCUGUCGCAACGAUCGCAACGAAAUGAUCUGCCAGCCGGAUCUGAACAAUCAGGAGAAUUCGAUGCUUAUUGCGGAUCUCGAUUCGGACGGUUCGCAAGAGUUGGUCUCCUACAUGUCCACCUUUGUCCAGGCGAACGAUGAACCCACCAGCGAUUGGAAGCUGGUCAGCUAUGUGCGACUUCUGCGACUCCAGGCCGAGCUGCCUGCCUUUUACGACCAGGAAAAACGCAACUAGGUGUCACCAAAUUCGUGGCACAGAGAACGUGUGCAUUUACAACCCACUCACUAGUCAGCUAUAUAGGGGCAUUGGAAGGGAUUGGGCGGCGGCGGCGGCGGCGGCGGCGGCAACAUACAUUACUUAGUAGUUAAAUUGCUAGUUGCAUUAUAUUACGAUAACAUUAAACAAUUACAAUUGUACUAUAUUAUAAAUAGAUACCUUUUCUAGAAUC